AUAUCUACAUAUAUAAACCAAAAAUAUAAAAAAAAAAUUCGUGGCACUGACAUGCUGCGUUAAAUACCGUUGUAGCGCAAUUAAAACUUUAUUAAAGAUCGUGAAUAAUUGAUGCUAAUUGAGUGUUUUAUACGGUUCGCGACGUCUUGUGCUGAUCUUUGUGCAGUAGCCGUGCUCAAUGCGAACCAGCGUCUCCAGUGUCGACCUCUUCAUUUGCUUGGGUCGUGUCUGUCUUUGUGUAUUUUGAUAAGACAGAUCGCAUUGUUAUUAAUAAAACACCAUAUACUCUUGCUAGCUCGUUUAUAUUUUAUUUGUCCACGCAUGUACAUGUGUAUGCACGUCUGUGCGAGUAUAUUCACACUGAAACAAAUAAAAUUAAAUACUGAAAGUGCCAAGAAAGUGAAAUUAAUAGGCGGCAUAUUGCAGCAAUAAAAAUUUAAUGCUUGUUAGUUUGGUACUUUGAACGAAUCCUUUCAAGGUUGGACCUCUAAUUGCGUACAAAAGUGUUCAGUGACCAGUCGCUAUAUCGAGCGAUCGGCCAAUCUCUGGACGGUCCAGUCAACUAAUACUAAAAAAUAUAUGGCCAAAAGACACAUUUGCUGGUUGUACGCGCGUUCGACCGCAUAAAAGUGCACACGCACACACCCAUACAUCGCUGGGCACGCAGCGCCGACGCAGAAUACACACACACACAUAAACAGUUUGUUAUGCUCGACGCAUUGGCGGCAGGCGACAAAUUCGGUCUCGGUAUUUCGGCCUUUUCGUUGCGUUCGCAGUGCAGUGCAGUCACGAACUCGUUUUAACUGGGAUUUUUACUAAACUACUCGCACCUACAUACAUACAUAUAUGUAGAAAUUGUUUAUUUUCCUUCGUUCGUUUUCGUUUUUUGCUCGCUAUUUUUUAUAGCGGCUUUUCUUUGCUGUCAGUUAAUUUGAAAAGCUUUAAUUUAUUGUGCGUUCGUGUGUGUGUUUGUGCUUGUGAGUUUUGUGAUAAUUUUUUUUCGAUUUUUAAUUUUCGAACUGCGGCUCGCGCGAUCGCGACAAGUCCGUAAAUUAUGUACAUUAGCAGUUUUAUAGUCAUGUGGCUAUGUGCGGCGGCGGCGGCGGCGCAGUUGGGAUUAGCCGCAAAUGUACCUGCCAGGCGUGAACGACAUGAAUUGACGAUAUCUGAAUGUGCUGCCCGGGGUGGCGAAUGUGACGAGACCAAAGGUCGCCCUGUCUGUGGCACAGACGAUCAAACCUACCCAUCGCGCUGUCAUUUAUUGCGCGCACAAUGCAGCGGUUAUCAAGUGAGUCUCAAGUAUCGAGGACACUGCAAAGCAGCUUGCAAAGAGGCACGUGAAUAUGCGCUCAAGCAUCGGUCCAGUGGUCCACCGAAAUUCAUACCACGCUGCAAAUCGGACGGCACCUAUGCGGCCGUGCAAUGCCUAGGCGAUAUGGGCUGUUGGUGUAGCGACAUCGCCGGCAAACCCAUCGAGAAUACAUCGGUCCGUAAUGGCAAGCCCAAAUGUCGCGAAUACACCAAGGCGAAUAUACGUCGAUCACCGUCACGUCACGUGAGUCCAAGUCGUCUCCGGCGCACGUGCACCGCCGUCGAUCGUGCUGCCUUCAAUGCCAAUCUCAUCAAAGUCUUCCAAAGCGAAUACGUGCGAGCGGGACAGCUGAAACGUGGCCUGUCCGGCAAAACGGCGGAGGGUGGCGAGGGUGCGUCCAAUGAUAAGUUGGUGCUCGAUUGGAAGUUUACCUACUUGGAUGUGAAUGCAAAUCAAAUGUUGGACAAAAAUGAAUUCCGCGAACUAAAGAAGCUCGUCAAGCGGGCGGUGAAGCCGAGACGUUGUGGACGUGCUUUUGGCAAGUUCUGCGAUUUGGAUGACGACGAUCGAUUGACACUGACCGAAUGGAAUGAUUGCUUCUCGAAAGAUGAAAUUAAUCGUCAUUCGGCUGCUGAAAAUAAAAACUAUGCCGUUAACAGCAUCUCCAGCAACAGCUACCAAGGCUAUACACCACAACAACAACUGCCGCAAAAUAAUAACAACGGCAAUAAUCGGCAUGCAGUGCCACCCUAUAAUCAUCAUACAUCACAAAUGCACCUGAAUAAUCACCAACAACAACAACAAAAUCAUAAUACAUAUAGUAAUAACAAUAACAACAACAAUUUCAAUUUAAAUCGAAAUGAUAAUCUGAACAAUAUCAAUCAUUCAUCGAGCACUUUUGACGAUUUGGAGAGCGAAAGUACGGGCGAUGAAGAUGAAAGUGGUGGGCUGCAUGGCGACUAUGAGGAUGAGGACUACGAGCAGGAAGAUGGUGGUGAAAAUAGCGAUACGUUACGCAUGCUAAAUUCAACACGUAUACAUUGGCCGAAAAUUCUCGAGGAUUCCAAUACGAAGUUGGAUACACAAUUGAACGAGUCCGAAAGCGAAUCCGAAUGUUUGGCUGAUCAAAAAGCAACGCUCGAGGAACAACGCCAUGGCGGCACACUGUUCUAUGUGCCCGAAUGCACUUCGGAUGGCCGUUAUCAGCGUGUGCAAUGCUAUCGCUCCACACCGUAUUGUUGGUGUGUGAAUGAGGAUACCGGCAAGAAUAUACCGGGCACAACGGUAAAGGAUAAGCGACCACAAUGCGAUGUCACCUAUGCGGCGCCGCGUCCCAUGAAAGGUUGUCCGGAGCCGAGAAAAGCCGUCUUUCUGAAUGAUCUCAAAGAGUUCUUGAAGACACAUAUUGUGUCGACUGCUAGUGCCGGCGGUAAUGCAACCAAAUGGGGUUCGGAGGACGAGCGUAUUGCGACGUUAAGCUUCGUCUUGCUCGAUAAAAACAAGAACAAAGUUUGGGAGCGUAAAGAAUGGAAGACAUUCAGAGAGAUGGUGACCAGCUCGAAAACGCUACGUAAAUGCGGCAAAAAGAUGCCACGGUACUGUGAUGUGAAUGGUGAUAAGAAAAUAACGCUUACCGAAUGGUUGAACUGCUUGCAAACGCAGCGCAACGAAGUGCAGACAACAUCGCAGAGUUCGACGGAAGCCAACAUAUCCAUAACGUCGAAGCCUUUGAAGCUAACUGGCUCCAAUCCGCUGGAGCAAUAUCUUAAAGAUUGACAGCGUUGCCACAACGGUGCGGGCAUUUCGUCGAGAAUUAUGUUUUUUGUUUAAAUUUUUAAUUUAAUUUUUGUUUUUGUUUUUAUAAUUUUUAUUUUUUAUCAUGAGCUGGUGUUUUGCUUUAUUGGAAAUUUGCAUUUUACGUGAUAGUGAUGAGAUAUUCUUACUAUUAAAAAUACACAUAUUUAUGUAUGUAUGUUUUAAACUGAAAUUAAAAUCGAAACAAAAAAUUAUUAAUAUACUUAUGUAACUAAUGUUAGUUGUGAGCUUAAAUUGUAAGUGUAAGCAGUAAAAAAAGUGUUUUAAGUCAACAACAUAUACCGAACAGGCAGUUUGUUGUAUGUAUGUAUUUUAUACUAAACCUUUGUACAUAUUUAUAUAUAUAUUUAUAUUUAUCGCUUAGAGUAAGUUCUCAACUACUUUGUAUGCUAAAAAUCUUAGUUUUUUAAUUAAAUGCAUGCGUACAUACAUACAUCUGUAUGUAUGUAUAUUUGCAUGCGUAAUUGCGCCUUAGCAUAGUAGUGCCUUAUAUGUACUAAAUACAUACUGUAUAUGUAUGUAUAAACAGCUAAUUUAUUUUAAGAUUUUAUUAGUCUCAAAAGUUUAUAUGUAAUGUGGAAUAAAUAUAAUAUUGUGCACAGCA